UUCCUUUUUGGGAUGCGACCCGGGAAUGACUGAUAGCAAAAUUGACGUUUCCUCUUCAGUGAAAUCCUCCAGCCAAGCUGGGCGCUAACCGAGUAGGCGAUUUCACUUCAUCGCUUCACAAAAGACUUCCAAAUUCACUGCAGCAGACACUGCAAAAUAAAAAUGUUAAGUACAUCCUAGCUGGCGGGGAGACGGAAGCCUUCGUGUUCAAUCAAAGGUUUGCAAUAAUAGGAUUCAUUUUUUAAAAGAAAAAAGAAAGGACAGAUGGGAUUAGGAAAUGUUGCAGUGGAGACUGUCGUGAGAGGCUCAGUCAGCCUGCCUUUUGUGGACCUGCACAAAGAUCCCAGAACCAGACUGGCUUAGGACAGCCUGGGACUAGGGUGCCAGAGAGAGGCCACCGGCUCCCGGACACCCUGCAGGGCAGGAGGCUGAGACCAUGCACCAAAUUUACAGCUGCAGCGAUGAGAAUAUUGAAGUCUUCACCACCGUGAUUCCAUCCAAGGUGUCCAGUCCAUCCAGGAGAAGAGUCAAGAGCGCUCAACAUCUCUUGACCAAGAAUGUGGUGAUCGAGUCGGACCUGUAUCCACCAAGACCCUUGGAGCUGCUGCCACAACGCUGUGAGCGCAGGGACACAGGAGACCGCAGGUUUGGCAGGCUGCAGACCGCCAGGCCACCUGGGAGUCAUUCUACCAAAACCCCGGUCAGACCUGCGGGGAUUUCUGAACCCAAAGCUUCAAGUCUGUGUGGGAAUCGAGCAUAUGGGAAAUCGCUGAUCUCUCCAGUGGCCCGGAUCUCAGUGAAAGCUCCAGCUGUGGUGGAGGUGGCAGGCAAGGGCUCAGAAAGUGGAGCUGUUCUGGGAAGAGGAUCCAGACACCUCAAGAAGAUAGCGGAAGAUUUCCCAGCCCUUCCCCAGGGAGCCGAAGCCUCCCUGCCAUUGACAGGCAGUGCCUCCUGCGGUGUCCCUGGCAUCCUACGAAAAAUAUGGACCAGACAUAAGAAGAAGUCGGAAUACGUGGGAGCCACCAACAGCGCCUUUGAAGCCGACUAAAGGUGCCCUUUCUUGGGUACCUUGCAUUGGCCAAGGGUCACAGAAGGAGAGAAGAGUUGAGGAUUGGGACUGAGCCACCCUCCCCUCUGCUUGGUUGCUAGUCCAAACACAUCACCCUCCUUCACACUCUGGCAUGAGCCGUGGAAAGUAACGAAAGUACCUUCCGGGAAGGCAGGAAAGCUGUUCCCCAGACCUGCUAAAGCCAUGGGUAUAAAGUCUUGUUGGGAGGUUAUAAAGGCUAUACCCCUGUCUUUAGGAAACCAAAAGCAAACCUUCCUGGCCCGUUUGAAAGCCCUCCCAGGAAAACAGAAGGUGGUUGUUCUGUCUCCUUUGUGAGUUUUCCCAAAACGUGUGAUUUCUGGUGUAAAU